AUGAAUAGACCACACUCUCAAACUCUCAAUUCUCACUUUGCCUCUCUCUACUCCAAGGUCCAAACCCUAGCUUCUCACUACAAGUUCUUCACACCUAGCCGCCGCCGCCGCCGCCGCCGCCGCCACCACCAGCAGCCACUCCUCUCCCUGCCGCCGAUCAUAUGGGUUGAAUCUAGGGUCAUGGAUUCCUCCAUUUCUACACAAGCGGAUGGUGCUGCUGCCACCCAAGCAGAUGGUGCUACUGCCACUGCCACCCAAGAGGCUGCUGCUGCAACCCAAGCUGAAACUACUGAUGGUGAGUUGCCCCUAGUUCCACCUAGUGUAGUGAGUAAGACUGGUACUGGUAGUGGUAGGAAAAAGUCUUUAGCUUGGAAUCAUUUUGAAAAAGUAAAGGUAGACGAUGGUGUCACUAUGGCUGUAUGUAAUUAUUGUAAAAAAUCAUAUCUGGCUGAUAGUAAGAGUUGUGGUACUAGUAAUUUAUUAGCUCAUGUGACAAUCUGUCCUAAGAACCCUAAUAGAGAAGAUAAAGGGCAGAAAACCUUGGCUUUUGAACUCAAAAAUGAUGGAGAUGAAGGGUUCAAACUUGUGUCAACAACUUUUUCUGUUGAGGCUUCUAGAAAGGCACUAGCUGAAAUGAUAAUAAUUGAUGAGUUGCCUUUUAGGUGUGUUGAGGGUUAUGGGUUUAAGAAAUAUGUAACUACGUUACAACCUAAGCUUCGUGUAAAAGAUAUUCCAUCUCGACAAACUGUGGCUAGAGAUUUGCAUAAAAGAAUUUUAAAUUUUUGUCAAGUUGAAGAUCAUAAGGGGGAGACUAUAGGUAGGAAGAUUGAGAUGUCUUUGCGUGAGUGGGGUAUUGAUGGCAUAUUCACUUUGACAGUGGAUAAUGCUAGUUCCAAUUUAACCACAGUUAAAUUUUUACAAAAGGUAACAAAAGAUUGGAAUGGGACAGUUUUAGGAAAUGAGUUAAUGCACAUGAGGUGUUGUGCCCAUAUCCUAAAUCUAAUUGUUGGGGAGGAUUUGAAAGAAAUUGAUGCAUCUGUUGGUAGGGUGCGUGAAACUGUGAGGUAUGUGAAGUCCUCGCCUAAUAGUAAUCAAACCUUUAGGAAUUUUAUGGAGAGGUUAGGUAUGGAGUCCAAGAGUCUUCUUUGUUUAGAUGUACCUACUAGGUGGAACUCAACUUACCUUAUGUUAGAAACUGCUGAAAAAUUCGAGAAAGUAUUCUUUAGGAUGGACUUUGAAGAUGAUGGUUAUUCAUCAUAUUUUAGGAGCAAGGAAGAUAGUGGUGGUUUGGGAUCUCCUUAUAUGAGUGAUUUCCAAAAUUGUAGGGCAUUUGUGACUUUCUUGAGGCUUUUUUACAAUACAACAAAGAAGUUUUUUGGCUCUUUGUAUGUGACCUCAAAUGCCUUUUUUGAUGAAAUCUUUGUUAUUCAGGAUAGUAUUUCUCAUUUAGUUAAAUCCCAAAACACCCUCUUGAAAAACACAGUCACAAACAUGCAAACUAAAUUUGAGAAGUAUUGGGGGGAAGGUGAUAAGAUUAAUCCUCUUUUGUAUGUGGCUGUUGUUCUUGAUCCACGAAAAAAAUUGAGGUUUUUGAAGUUCUCUUUUUCUGAAAUUUAUGGGAAUGAAGUGGGGAGUGUGAUGGUUGAUAAGGUGAAAGCUCUUUUGAUGAAGUUGUAUACUUUUUUCUGUUCUGUUAAUUCCCCAAAUGUGGAAGAACCAAGUGGGGGUGAGAGGACACCAAUGGUGGUAGGUGAUGCAAGUGAUCCAUAUGUGAUGGUUCACUCUCGAUAUGAGCUUUUCUUAGAAGCUGAGCAAUCUAUAGGUUGUAGUAAUGAGGUUGACAAGUAUUUAGCUGAAAAUUGUGAUGGUAGAAGGGAUGGGAAUUUUGAGGUGUUGGGGUGGUGGAAGGACAAUUCUAGUAGUUUUGACUGUUGCAUCUGA